AAACAGCCAGUGACGUAAUCAAACGGGGAACUUGUUCCGGUUGAGAUCAGCUGACACAGCAGCUGCGCUAGGGCCAAGGCAGAGAGUUAGAAUCAGUUAGCGAGCGUUAAUGAUGUCUGCAUACCGUGGAAAUCGCAACCCUUUCGCUGACGAUGACGAUGAAGACUUUGGGGGGAAAGCGAGUGGAAGCGGCGGCUGGAGCGAGCCGACAGAGGCAGAGGACCGGCAGAGGUGGCUGGAACAGGAGGUCAUGCGGACAGCCCAGUCCGCAGUCGACAGCAGCCAGAGAUCGGUCUCUCUUAUUUACGAGUCUGAGAAAGUGGGGUCCGAGACAGCCGAGGAAUUGAUUCGACAGGGUGAGGCUCUGAAACGGACCGAGAGGAUGGUGGAUAACAUGGAUGAGGACCUGAAGACCAGCCAGCGGCAUAUCAACAGUAUAAAGAGUGUGUUCGGAGGCUUGGUCAAUUACUUCAAACCCAAACCAGAGACGAAACCACCACCGGAACAGCCCCCAGACUACAAACCCAGCAGCAGAUUGCAAGAUGCAUUGGUCCACAGCAAGGAGCAAGAACAAAACUACCAAGCAAGCCACCCUAAUCUGAGAAAAAUAGAUACAGGAGGAUUUGGUGCUGGAGCCAGUGCUGAUUUCUCCUCUUCACAAAGCAGUAAUGGAUAUCCCAAGAACAAGCAGCUAAUGACAGCCCACCAACAGCUGGAUAAUAACUUGGAUGACAUGGCUGCUGGGCUGAGCCGUCUGAAGAACCUUGGAUUGGGGCUGCAGACUGAGAUAGACUCUCAAGACCCGAUCCUUGACAGAUUGACUGGAAAAGUAGAAAAUAUGGAUUUGAAAAUUAGGGCCACAGAUCAACAGCUGAAAAAACUUUAAUAAACCUAUACGACCAACACAGUUCUGCAUACUCUUGUAAUCAUGAAUUUUGAGUUGAUCUUAUUUCUUGUAUACUAUGACUAUUAUUAUUAUUAUUAUUUUGUUCUUGCUAAUAACAAAAAUAAUUUUAUACCCUCUGAAUGUUAAGCAGAUUCACAGGGGAUAAAGUAUUCCUUUAUUCCCAGACCAAACCAUCCCAAAAAUGAGACUAGGUUUGCUGUUUUGCUGUGUACAGUGUACUCAACGCAGCAGCUACUGUAUGUAUACCGUGUCAAAAAUGUGGCCUAUUUAAAGCUUUAUGGAGUUAAUUCUGUUAAGAUGUCCUCUGUUUAUUGUGGAUAUAAAGUAGUAUAAGUUAAACGUCUUAACAUUUUUCAGCAAUGGAAGCUACCCCUAACUGUUGCAAUCCAAUAUAGAUAUCCAGAUAGUAUUUUUGUUAAGAAUAAGGAUGCAACACUCUCUGUGCUGUUUGUGAUGCACCUUGUAAUGAGAUUGCUUUUGCAUUUGGGGAAAAGUGAGAGACCCGACCAUAAAGCAUUAUACACACCCUGCGCUAGAAGGAUCGCAUUGUAACAGCAUUCUUAAUAAUCUUCUGAUGACCUUUUUAUUUAAAUGCAUCAAAGAAAACAAACAGCACACAGCCAUGCUUUAUAGAAAGAUGUUUCAGGGGGGUGUAUGUUCUAUAACCACGAAUCUCAUUGUUUUUACAAGAAGACUUCCAGAUGAAUUGUGCGGACAACUGCAGAGUUUAGUUUGGUAUUGAGAUGUGGGAUUCCUAUACAUGCUCUCACCCGACCUGCAGUUACAUCAUGUAACUACUUUAUUGUGUUGUGCUAAGCAUCAUUCAGAUCACUGUUUUAGAUUCAUUAUAUAGAACGUUCUCAUGGUGACUGUUUGUUGUUUUCCUGAAUUUUGAUAAUAAAUUCAAUGCAUUGCUCUGGA